AUGACCCGGCUGAAGCCACACAGCCGGUUUGGCUGGAGGCGGGACGAGAGGCUGCGGCCCCCAUUCAUUCCUCCUCCAGGUGCACGCCCUUCCCACACGCCUUCCUGUGGAAACGCUGCAGACGGCUGCAAGGAGCACCGCGUGGGCCUCUGUGCACCCAAGCCGGGGACCCGACCUGCCAGUCCACAAGCGUCCACGGGGGCCCGCGAGGUGCCGGGCAUCGAGUGCGCAGAGCGGGGAGGGCGGGCGGACAUGGUCAACGCCCUGCCGGGCUCAGGGACGGCCACGCUUUACGCAGGAAACAGCUUCAACAGGCCGACAUUUGGUUCAGGGCAGGGCUUCCGAGUGUCAACUCCAGGGAGCCUCCAGGGACGUCGGCGUGGGGGCUUCCUCACCCUCUGUCCUGAGGAAGCCCACAGCCUGCGGCUCCGGAUGGAGGGGCGUGCGGCCGGGGGGCUGUCCCGGGCUCUCCCCUCCUCCCAGCCCUUACCAGUGAUGGAGAUGGACUCAUUCUGGGGUAUGGGCACGGCAGUUCUGAUGGGAAAGGCGCAGUGCCUCUCACAGGAGCACGGGUCCGGCCACGGCUUACUCACCACGAAACUGCGGGCUGGGCCGCUGCGUCGGGAGCGCCGGCCCGGGGCGGGAGCCAGGACGGCAGCAAGGCCGCGCUCUGCCGCAGAGACCAGACCAGCCUUUCAACUCCUCCUGCUGCUGGAGGUGGAGGGCAAGGACGAAGGGAAGAGGGAGAACAGCACCCUGGCUCCCAGCGGUGCCGGGCACGGGGGCCGAGGAUCCCUUCCGCGAUCGGCCGUCACCCUGUCACGGGGGCUGGGGGUGGGGGCAGUUCUACAAGCCGAGCCUGUGCGGGAGAGUGUCACAGGGAAACGGGCCAUGAAGGCCAGGGCCAAGCCCCGACUAGAAGGCGACUGUCCGUUCGGCUUGUGCCUCUUCACUCGGGUGUCACAGAGCAACCUCCCCGUCACGUCCCUGGCGCUCAGCGUCUGUCGCGGGGGCUUUCUGCUGACAAGGAAGACACCAGAUAACGAGCGGAGGACCCAGCUGCACACCACCCACCCCUGUGCAGCCGGACGGACCCAGAGGAGCAGAGGGCAGCCGAACGCGUCCCUGCCGGUGGCCGACACGGGCGGGAAGGGGCUUUCUGGGGCCCGCCUCUGA